UCUGGAUUCGUGAACUUUCCUCUUGUGUACUGCAUCAUGGAACCAGUUGUACAGACAAGAGAAAUUGGAAAAGAGUGUCAGGAGUGUUGUGUGACCGGAGAAUAAGUGCGAGCGUGAAAGGACAGUGGUUAGACCAGCGAUGCUGUAUUCAGCAGAAACAUGGCCUGUGAAGAAGGUUCGUGAGAAGAAGCUGGAUACCAUGGAAAUGUGGAUGUGCAGAGUGGCGAGAAGAGACAGGUUUAGAAACGAAAAAUUACACGAGGGACAACGAAAGUGGGGAAGAUAUCCGAGAAAGUACAGGAAAGGAGGUUGUAGUGGUAUGGUCAUGUGAUGAGGAGUAUGUUGGGAGAAGAUUGACAUGGAGGUGGAAGGAAAAAGAAAAAGAGGAAGACUGAAACAAAGAUGGUUAGAAAGUAUUCGAAUGGAGUUAAGAGAAAAAGACUUGUUUGGACAAGAAGUGAACAAUCAUGCAGGACGGAAGAGACUUGUCAAAUCCAUCGACCCCACAGAGACGUGGGAGAAGAUGCCAGGAGAAGAAGACGAGUUGUACAGACGGGGAUGUUUUUGCUAUGGCUGGUUACAGAACCUGAACCAGCAACAUCAGUCCAUCCAUCCAUCCAUCCAUCCAUCCAUCAUCGAUACCGCUUAUCCUUCAGGAUCACAGGAGAAACUGCAGCCAAUCCCACCUGACUUGGGGUGAGAGUUGGGGGAAGUAGCAAAGAUCCAGACUGCGCGUAACGGAGCUGUGUUUCAGACGCCUUUUACGCAGGACACGCACACACACGGGACUCUUUAAAGGACGAGGACUGCUGGAGCCGAGAUGAACCCCGUGGUGUUUAAUAAGCUGAGCAGCCCCGUGUUGUUUGAGGAGAAGGGCAGCGAGGUGGAGAGGAGCAGCCGGAAUUAUCUGGAGGUGAUUGACGAGCAGCAUGCGGAUCUCCUCUCCAGGAGCCACCAGAUCACUGACAGCUCUGUGAUGAGGCACAGGAGACCAGGGUCUCGUCAGAGCGGAGGGAAAGUUCGUCAUAAGCGUCAGGCUCUUCAGGACAUGGCUCGACCGCUCAAACAGUGGCUCUAUAAACACCGUGACAAUCCCUAUCCCACCAAAACGGAGAAGAUCCUCCUCGCGCUCGGCUCCCAGAUGACGCUGGUGCAGGUGUCUAACUGGUUUGCGAAUGCACGACGGCGGUUGAAGAACACGGUGCGGCAGCCGGACCUCAGCUGGGCUCUCAGGAUUAAACUCUACAACAAAUACGUACAGGGCAACGCUGAAAGGCUCAGCAUCAGCAGUGAUGACUCCUGCUCAGAAGAUGGUGACCCAGCUGCUCGAGCCCAGACGGGUGAGUUCAGCAAGCCCAUGUACCAGAGCGUCAUCAAAAAAGAGGGCAGCGGCAUGGGGGCGGGCCUUCGGGCGGCCGCAGAUGCCUCGCUGGCUGAGGACUAUGUGUCUCCACCAAAAUACAAGAGCAGCCUGCUACACCGCUACCUGAACGACUCGCUGCGCCACGUGAUGGUGGCCAACGGUGUGACAGACGCCCGUAGAAGGAACCACUCUGGCUCCUUCAGCUCCAACGAAUAUGACGAGGAUCUCCUUUCGCCGUCCUGCUCAGAAACAGAGGCCAACUUCGUCUACCGUACAGAGGCUGUGGAUCAUGGAUCAACUAAAUGUGACAACAGCGUCAUGCUGAAGGAAAAAGGACGUGGAAAAGAUGAAACGUACUGGCGUGAGAUCAAUGCAGCUAUGGCCCUGACCAACCUGGCCAAGCCUAAAGACGGUGCUCCUGCAGGCACCACCAGCUGCAUCAUCCAGAAAUCUUCUCAUAUAGCUGAAAUCAAAACUGUCAAAGUGCCCAUCAUGCACAAGUACUAGCAACCUCCUCAUCUGGAAAACAACACAACGUGACUUUCUUUACGUUUGGAAUCUGCAUAUUUUUGUUUUUUGUACUUAUAUGAAGUAGACUUACGGUUUUUUUUUUUUUUUUUGUACUUUAAGUCGAGUGCCCUGAAAUGCAGCACGUCAUUGUUUGUGCCUUUUUUGAUGCACAAGUCCUUUUCAUAAUAAGUGUUGAUGAUGACAGUAUUGCAGAACGAGACACUUUUGCAUUGUUAACUUAUUUUGAUGUCUUUUUUUAAUACUCUGAAACUAUUCUAUCAUGCUAAAGUGCCUUCGUGUAAACUAACAAAAAAAAAAAGUGCACAUCUUUUACAUGCCCUCCUGGAGUUUUUGCAAAGAUUCUAUACGUAUUUUUGCUUCACAAUAUUUAUAUAGUGCCCACCGUUCAGAAUUAUCAUUAUAUAUAUCAAUCGUGUCACGUUUACAUGAUUGAACUCGUCCUAUCAGAUACGUGUUCCUUUAAUAACUUAAGCAUUACUUCCAAGGUUAUUGACCUUUCAGAUAAUCCUAAAGCAUUUUCUACCCACAGCAUAAGCAAGCAUUCAUAAAUACACACUGAAAACGUUUUUUUUUUUUUUUUAAUAAAUGUCUAUGCAAUAUGGCUGCUGCACGUAUCCUGCGGUUGCUUAUA